GCAGGUGGGAGCGGGGCUGUUGCUAUCAAUAUGGCGGUUGUCAGCCAGACAAAGACAGUCAGUCUGAUGUGAUUGAGACAAGGGAGGUUUUCAGGGGGAGACUGGGAGAUAGGGGGCUCCCCUCCCCCCUCUGUUCUUCCUGCGCGGGCCUGGAGCCCUCCUCAGCCCCUCCCGCCGGGCGCCCCGCGGUGAAGAUCCCCUCCCCCUCCCGUCUUCCUCCUCCCUCCCUCAGCCUUGCUCUGGGACGCUGGGGAGGGGGCUGAGCCGGGCGCAGAGAACUCAGCCGGGUUUCCGAGAAUGGUAAAUAAGGCUGGCCAUUUCUGGAAAGGCCAUUGAUCCGCCUCAUGUAAAGUAUGCUCAGUUCCUUUCCAGUGGUUUUGCUGGAAACCAUGUCUCACUAUACAGAUGAACCCAGAUUUACCAUAGAACAGAUAGAUCUGCUCCAACGUCUUCGGCGUACUGGGAUGACCAAACAUGAAAUUCUCCAUGCAUUAGAAACUUUGGACCGUCUUGAUCAAGAGCAUAGUGAUAAGUUUGGAAGGAGGUCCAGCUACGGGGGAAGCUCAUAUGGGAACAGUACCAACAAUGUUCCAGCAUCUUCCUCUACAGCCACAGCUUCCACGCAGACCCAGCACUCCGGAAUGUCCCCAUCACCCAGCAACAGUUAUGAUACCUCCCCACAGCCUUGCACUACCAAUCAAAACGGGAGAGAAAACAACGAUCGAUUGUCCACAUCCAAUGGGAAGAUGUCGCCAUCUCGAUACCAUGCAAACAGCAUGGGUCAGAGGUCAUAUAGCUUUGAAGCCUCAGAAGAGGACCUAGAUGUAGAUGAUAAAGUGGAGGAAUUAAUGAGGAGGGACAGCAGUGUGAUAAAAGAGGAAAUCAAAGCCUUUCUUGCCAAUCGGAGGAUUUCCCAAGCAGUUGUUGCACAGGUAACAGGGAUCAGCCAGAGCCGGAUCUCUCAUUGGCUGUUGCAGCAGGGAUCAGACCUGAGUGAGCAGAAGAAAAGAGCAUUUUACCGAUGGUAUCAACUUGAGAAGACAAACCCUGGGGCUACGUUAAGUAUGAGACCUGCCCCCAUUCCAAUAGAGGACCCUGAAUGGAGACAAACACCUCCCCCAGUCUCUGCCACACCUGGAACCUUCCGACUCCGACGAGGGAGUAGAUUUACCUGGAGAAAGGAGUGCCUAGCUGUCAUGGAAAGUUACUUCAAUGAGAAUCAAUACCCAGACGAAGCAAAGAGAGAAGAGAUUGCCAACGCUUGCAAUGCAGUCAUACAGAAGCCAGGCAAAAAGCUGUCCGACCUGGAACGAGUUACCUCUCUGAAAGUUUAUAAUUGGUUCGCUAAUAGACGGAAGGAGAUCAAGAGGAGAGCAAAUAUCGAAGCAGCAAUCCUGGAGAGUCAUGGGAUAGAUGUACAGAGUCCAGGAGGCCAUUCCAACAGUGAUGACGUGGAUGGGAACGACUACUCCGAGCAGGACACUUGGCAAGCACGCAAUGGGGAGGAGGAGGAGGGAAGAAGUUCAGAGGGAGGCAGAGAAGCAGAGAAGGAUGACAGCACGAGCCAUAGUGACCACCAAGACCCCAUCUCACUAGCUGUGGAGAUGGCAGCCGUCAACCACACUAUCUUGGCAUUGGCCCGGCAGGGAGCCAAUGAGAUCAAGACAGAGGCCCUGGAUGAUGACUGAUGAGGGAGAAUCACACAGUUAACUUAGUUUAGACGUAGCACCUUAGCAGACUUUCCUCGGUCCUUAACAUGUGUUCUUACAGUAUAACUUACAGUUCUUGUAUGUCAGGUAGCCGUUAGGGUCUUGUUCUGUGAAGAUGGCAUGGUACCCUCAGCCUUUGCAUAUACUCUCUCAGUGUUCAAAUCCCAGUAAGUAAUAACCAACCAACCAAACGGUCCUCUCCCAGCCCCUGAGGCUAAACAAUCUCGCUGCUCCGUUUUAGCAUUCCAAGAAAGUGCUUCCAGGUAUUUAGAUAACCCUCAGUUCUUGAAUACUAGGCUCUGUGUAAAAUCUUGGGUACCUUUAGAUUCAUGUACCACUAGGCUGUACCCCGUUCCUGCCCCAAGACUGACAGGAUGCAAGCUGAGGUAGUGGCACAGGACCGACAGACACCAUCCGGGAAGUAUCCACGGAGCGCAAGGAACACUAGAGCCCCGCCUCAGCCGGAGAUGGUUGUUGAUUCAGCUGCAAUAAGCCGUGCCUCCUAGUCACAACGUGGCUAGACUAUACUUCUUUGGGUGCUGUGCUAAGAAUGUCAUUGGAAUCCCGAGCUCAGAUCUUGGUUAAUGUUAACAUGCCCAACACAGACAUCCUUUCCUCUUACGAGCUGUGUGACUUAGUAGAUAACAUACUGCCUUCUGCCUUUGGGACCACAAUCCUAAAACAAAAACGACAAAAAAACCAAGUUCUGAAAAGCAAAAGCCCAGCUUGAGAGCAGCAGGGGAGAGUAUGAGCUGAAGGUGGGCUGGAUGCUCAGCCCAGUCCUCAGAGCCUCUAUACAUUCCACACACGGUUCCAGCGCCUGCCUGGGAAAGUGCUGGAGAUACCAUGGAGUUGCUUUGCCUCCUAUGGGUGCCCUUUCCCUGCUGCCCAAAGAGUCUCUAAGGAUAGAGCUGAGAUCAAAAGUGAGUGAAAGAGCAGGCUUUGCACCCAUCACCUGAAGCCUGCCCAGAGUUGCUAGGACUCUGUCGGGGACUGUCACAGAUGCAGAUCCUUGCCUAGCCAGGGGCAGAAAAAGCAGGGGACAUCCACCACUUGUAGCGUGAGUGUGGGGGACACAGCAGGACGUGUCUGCUUUGUUCCCUUGACUCUGUCCUUGUGGAGGUGUGAAAGCUAUAUUGCUACAGGCAAUUUAUUUAAUAAUUGGAAGCCAUAUUGAUAAUGGAUGUGGUAAUAUUUGUAGUUUAAUCUACUUCAAGCGGCAGUAACUAAUGGAAUUUUUUUCCUUGAUCACAUAUGUAGCACUUUUGUUACUUUUUAAAGAUAUUUAUAUUUGAUAAAUCUUUUUUUCAUUUUGAGAACUCAAAAUACCAAACAGUGAAGUUGCGUUAUAAAGUCACCCUGUGAUCACCUUGUCAUCUAGUAGCAAAAUGAUGAACUAUUCAUGCAUCAAAGAAAAUUACAUCUGCUGGCCUUGUAUGAAAAUGAUCCUGGCAACCUGAUUAAAUGGCACACUGUCACUGUGGGUAAGAAGACGCAGCUGUCAGUGUGUUGGCACAGUGUGUAUCUGAGAGAGGCUAAGUGUUUCUGCCUCAUCCCAUCUCUCCUUCGUGUGUCUGAUGAAGCCUUGUUUGGAGGGCAAUGUGGAGUGGGCCAUUAAGCACGGCUUCCGUCUUUUUGUCCAUUACCUGAACCAAUUUCUAAGAUAGAAAGUAGGUACCAUCUCCUUACCUCCUCCUUCCUCAGCAAAUGUGCUGAACUUCAAAGCUGUUGAGAGAGGAGAGCACACCCACCCUCAUUCUCCCCUUCUGGCUGGCCGGAUACUCGGUAUCCACAGCAUGUAGCUGGUCUUACUGGGCACACUCGGACUGCAUUAUCCCUUUAGGUGUAAGUCUUGGUUACUCGAAUGUGAAGAGUCGUCUUUGAGGGCCCUGAGGAUGCUACCCCACCUAUGUCUGUGACUUUGAAGAGCUCUAGGUAGAGCCUGGUCCUGCUCCUGUCCAUGGAUUUCAGGGGGAAAUGUACAUUCUUCCCAGCUCCAAAAACUGAAGUAAAAUGGAGCCAUCUUCUCUUACUGUAGUACUUGAACCCACAAAUUUAAGAGUAGCAUUUCUUAUUCUCAGGAACCCCCACACCUACUUAGAAUCUUCCAUGGUUUAUUUGAUUUUUUUUUUUUUAUUUCACUUAGGAGAUUACAUUGUCUUUCUUUCCUCUUGUUUACUAAGAAGAAAUAUACCUAUUGUGUCUUUUCUCCUUGGUUGAGUUUUGUCUGCUUGUUCUCAGUUGGAUCAGAAAGAACGGGGUGGGGGGAGCCUAUUUUUCUGACAAGCCACAUCCAUGAUUGACAGCUUCUUUCUGAGCCAUUCUCUUGUUAUCUCUUCCUGCUUGCCUUUUUAAAGGCACAGACUCCGGCUGCUAAGACAGCUCAGUUUCUAAGGGAACUCUGACUGCAUCAGAAAAGCAAAACGUUCUGUUGUCCCAAGACCUUUGAGAGAGAGAUGCAGCAGAGGCUACCAAGCCCUGGCUGGUGCAGGCAGUGCCAGCUCUGUGGUAGUGUGGUGGCACCAGAAGAGUGUAGUUGCCGGAGCCUGGCUCUGCUGAGCCAGCUAGAGGGCCUCACUAGUCCUUCUUCUGCUGGAGAAGGUGCCGCAUGCCCACGGACUCAGAGCCUUACAAGGAAGCUGUGCUAUCUGGCCCACAGUACGAAUUUGCUUCUUUGGGAUCGAGGUUCAAAUCUACCAUUAGGUCGUUUUCGGGGGGGGGUCACCAGGUCAGAUUCUCCUUUUGUGUCCAGGUCCCGGAGCUCUUGGGAUAGCCACAGAGCUACACACUCAUUCUCCUUCCUAUGGACGGCAGACCUUUCCUUGAGCUUUUCCAGCUUGUAGGUAUGGUAUGAAAUCAGAAACUUGAGCUCCCCGUGCUGAGAGGGAAAGAGCUGGACUGGACUCGUCCUGUGUUAUCCUUGCAUGCCUGUCUCUGCUCUCACCUCCAGUACCUCUGGUGGCCCUGGAUCUCUUUCAGGAGUUGUGCCUUCCUGACCCAUGAAGAUGCUGAAAGGGACGAGGGAGGGGCACGGCCACCAUAGUGUGCUGUGAGUGAGUGUUCAAGUACUUGGAGUUACUGUUGCCGGAUAGGAAGGUAACUUCACCUUCUAGUACCUUACGUGCAACUUGUUAACAAAGGCCCAUCUUAAGAUAACCCUGCCUAGCUGAAGACAGUCGCAGCCAGCAGCAGAGGAUGGCCAGGAAGGGCAAUACAGUGCUUCCCUGUGUGUGACUCCACAGUGCCCUCAGAACCCAGGACACACUUGAGUUCACAGCAGCCAAGUUUGUGUGGAAUACCAUAUGAGGCAGGCUGCAGGAGGAGGGGCCUGGGAUGGGGAGGCAGAAGGCCCUGGGUUCUUUUCACUCCAGCCCGGCAGGUGAUCUUACAAAGACAUGAGUGAGUUAGAAGCCUGUUUGGACUACUGUCCUCCACUCCAGAGCUCUGGUUCCUGGGAGGUUCAUCAUUCAGCUACACCUAGUUUUUCAGGAGCAGACACCUGGAUUGAUUUUUACCUCAUAGGGAUAGCGCACGGAGAGUUCUGGCACAGUCGUCUCAGCUCUCUCCUUUUAGGAAGUCUUCUUGAGUACCAGUCGUCAGGCACUAGCGACAGCAGACCCUAGUCCAUCAGGAUGCUCCCAGCACUCGAGUUUCCAUCUCUGAAAGGCCCCCCCUUCCAUUUUGUAUUUCAGCACUGCAUCUCUGUCUUGAGCUGACUUCACAGGACGUUUUCUCUCUUCUGACCACAAGCUUAAUGGGUAGCAUUUAGUCUGCCUCGGAAUUUGGACCCUCCUUCCUGUUUUGGGUAGCCAGAACUCCAUCUGCCAAGCCUGUUACCUUUGUCUGCGCACUGAGACUAAUCCCCUUUCCACAGUGACUUCUCUAGCCUGUUCUAAAAGUGUUCCCUUCAAGUCCUUAUUCUCCCUGGCCCCAAAAAGGAUUUGGUUAGAAGCAGCUUCAACCCCUCUCCCCUUCGUUUGUUUGUGUUUUUCCAGACAGGGUUUCUCUGUGUAGCCCUGGCUGUCCUGGAACUCACUCUGUAGACCAGGCUGGCCUCGAACUCAGAGAUCUACCUGCCUCUGCCUCCUGAGUGCUGGAAUUAAAGACAACAUUCCCAUUCAACUCAGCUCUGCUGUUAAAGCCAGAGAACAGGCUGGGUUUUUCCCGUGAGCCUCACCAGGUUCUUAGGCAAUAACUUUUCUUGUGGUUGGUGGUCUUGGGCUCAGUGGCUCUCUGCCUCCUGCAGGGCGUCAGUCUCUGGCCAUCUCUGUGAUGUCAUCUGUUGCUAUGAUUAUCAGCUCUAUUUCACUACUGUAUUCAUUGAGGCUGCACUGAGACCAGCCAAAUCCACUUUCAGCUUUACUGAGCCAAACUUAGUUUUUAAGAUUUCCCAAGUGAAGGUUGGGCACAUCAACCAGUAAUGCUGUGCAUAUGUUUGAGUGGGAGUUGGGUGGGGAUGCAAUGGGGCAGGGGUAGGAAUUACAUACGCACAGCAUUCCUCUGUGUGUGUGUGUGUGUGUGUGUGUGUGUGUGUGUGCGCGCACGCCAGCAUGCUUACUCAGGAUUGGGCCACUAGUUGUCAUCCAUACUGAAUUUAGCAAACUGAGCUAUAGCUCUGAAGACCCUUCCCCACUGUCUCCAUAGCAUGCGUUAGGACUGUAACAGUGAGCACCCAGACAACAGUGAGACUUUCCAAGGAGCAGCCAUGGAUGGCCAGCCGCUUUCUAAGGCUGUCAUGGUAGUAUGUGCUCAGAACAGGGCCCUGUACUGCAUAGUCUCCUUCAUCACACACCCUCCAUUUCAGAGAUGACCAUCACCUGAGAAGAGUGAUUUCCUUAUUGCGCUAGAGAACUGACCUCCGAAGGCAGUAGGGAAGUCUUAGGGAGCCGUCACAUCAUCAGACCCGUGUUCUGCUUUUAAAAGCUCCUCUCUUACCCAGUGUGUGCCGUCUGUUUCUAAACUGAAGAGGAGACACACACUGCACCUCAUGCCAGCAUACAGGACUGGCAGGUGCUCAGAAAUGAAGCCUUGUGCCUAUCUGUGGACUGUGAAAAGCUGAAGUUUGAAGACUGAAAGGUUUCUGUAGCUACUUCAUUACACUGUCUUGAGGGUGGGGAUAAGGAAACAAAUCAGGAAAAAAAAUCAACCAGAGCCACCUAGACCUCCACAGCACUGAUUUUCUUCUUUAACCAAGAGAGGCUGAGACUGAGGGAAGGUCCAUCUGUCCCUGUGAUCUCGUCACCAAGGUGUUUGCCUUGGGAUUCCAGAUGCCCCCAAGCUGCUUUUGUCAUUCUUGCCAUCCAGUCAGAACUGAAUCUAGUUGGUUCCGUUCAGGUGAGAUGUGAGUAGCUGCCUUCCACUGGUGGAGUUCCCUCUGGCUCUCAUCCCACCCUUUACCUCUAGCCCUUGCUGGGUAGCACGGGAACUUUGCUGCCAUCCUUGGCUGACAAGCCCUUUCUGUCUCCAGUGUUCAGGCUGUACAGCUCCAAGCACUGUUGUUGAGGAACUUGGUGCCCCACUUAGAACACCCAAGAGGCCAGCUCCCCUGACUCCAUGUCCAUCUUCUCUCUUUAAAUAAGACUGGCUCCAUACAGCCAUAAUUAACUCGCAAAUUCAUGGUGGUGUACUGUGAUCAAAUGAAGAUUGGGCUGAGUCUUUUUUCAAAUUGUAACCAUGGUAAUUGAGGGGGGUGGCAUAGAAUGAAUAUAUAAAAGUAUAAUGGCAAUUGUUCCGAAUGACUGAGUGUCCUUCUGACAUGUAAUUAGCUGUUUUAGCAGGAUGUAGAUUGGCAUGGUCAUAAUUAAGAGGAUUUCUGUCCUUUAUGUGGUUGAGAAUAGCAGGGCACCCAUCUUUGUUCCCUUUGAGUACUAAUGCUCCCAAGAACAUUUGGAACAGCAGUUCAGUAAACCAAAUAAUGACAUAGGAUUCAUGUCCCACCCAAGUGAGAAAGGAUGGGGAAGCAGUUCAGGUCCAGAAUGGAUUGCUUAUUGCCUGCAGCUGACUUGUAAAUUCUCUGAAACCUCUGUCCAGUUUCAACCUAUGCUACUUGGGGCAGAAACUAGGCAACAAACAGAGGCAGCCUCUGGCGGAGCCUCCCUGUCCCCAUCCUCUCACUGGAGACUGGAACACCUCCCCUGGGGACACCUGCUGCUUUGCGGGGCUUCUAGGAUUUGUAGACUCUUCCUUGGGAACUUGACUAUUUCCAGAACAGAUGACAAGAACAGGUACAAGUUGACCUCACACCGGAAUGUGUGGACUCGGGCAUUCCUCAGGAGCAGGAAGCUGUGUCUGCAUACGCCGACCUGCGCAUAGCGGGCUUGUUCUGCUGUUGCAUGCCUCCUCGUGCUAUUCUGCUGUCAGUACUGGGUUCUUGGCUCUUCAGAAGCCAUGUUCAUCCCCCCCCCCCUUGCUUUUCUUUGUGCACCUGUGCCUUCAGGCAGGCAGCAUGUAAUCCUCAUAGCCUGCGGCGUCCUCAGGACUAGGAGCUGUAGACACUGGCUAGUCCUCCAGUUGAUGCUUAGUCUGGCCUUUUUUUUUUUUUUCUUUCUAGUCAUCCUUUGCAGGAGCCUUGAUUCAAUUAGAGGAUCAGAAGGGUCCACAGGAAUGCCAGCAGCUACCAGUGCUAAGUGGCCUUUUCUAAGCUCUCCUGCCCGUGAGGCUCACGACUCAGGUGAGGUUAGCUGGAGUCCAUGAGCCCUGUCCUUUCUCAGGCUGGACACUGUGGGUGUGGUUAGUAGCCAUGUGUGUCUUCGCCCUUUCUACUGAAUGUGCCCCCUCUCACCCAGAACACUACUCAACCAAGAUGCUGGUUUUAGCUUUGUCGUGUGAAAUGGCUGGGGUCGAGCACUUGCCUAGAAGAGUCUAGAGAGCCCUCUUCCCUCAGCACACAGAUGCACAGAAGUGAGGAGAAGAUUCUGUUCCUGGAGAUGCUCCGGUGUGAUCCCUCCCACAUACCUUUGAUGACAUGCACCCAGAACGGUGGUCCUAGAAGGGUGGCCAUGGCUGCCGCUUCUAUCAAAGUCACCUUGUGGUCCCUUCCCCUGCCUGCAGGUCAGAGGUGCGAUCCUUGCUGAGGACUGGAUUUUUUAACCCUCUCUCACCUUCCAGCUGCUGAGCCAUAGCAGUCUCCGGUAGUUUCAGGUUCGCUGCCUUCUGAUUCGAUUCCAAAAAGUCACUAGUUGAGCGAAUUUUGUGAUUUGUGUGAUACGUACUGCACAGCAGCAGAACACUAUGAUUACCUGUAAGCAUUUGGACAGACUGGAUUGGUGUUCAACCAGAAGCCCCAAUGUGAUCUGCCUGGGUGCUCCAGGGGGCCACUCUGAUUAAAAACACCCUAUCCAGGGUAAAUAUUCCUGUAUUCCCACAGAUACCCCCACCUCAAAACACAAAACUGGCUUCGUCAUCAAGGACAGUGUAGGUAGUAUUUGCCUCUGAAUAGCUUUUUCUUCUUCUUUUUCUUUUUUAAACUAAUCCCAGAAAUGAUUAUUGUAAGAGUCGGAAGAUAGUGGCAUUUGGGGAAUGUGUCAUCUCGUUCUGCUGAGGUCACAGCCAACCUGCUUGCUCUUCUCUGGCAGCACUGGGUCACCCCAGGGCCACUGGCACUUGUCCUGUCGUCUUCUCUGCAGCUGAAUUUUCAAGCACUGCCUCGGCUGUGGGGUGCUAGACCCCAGGCCUCCCCACCAGGCAGUGACCGCCACGAGCCUGUUCUUUUCAGUUCCUGAGGCACUUAACUCCUGGGACUUUGAGGCCUCGUGCUGGAGUUCCCAAGGGUUUGGUGAACCCUGCCCGCCAUCCCUCUACCACAAUCAGAAAGGAAGGUGGGGGCAUUGUGGAAUCCACGGUUCUGGUGUUCUGGUAUUAUUCUGGUAUUAGUGCCACCUUGCUGUGGCCUUGGCCCCUCAACACUGACCAGCCCAUAAGUAGAUACCUGAAGACACCCAAAUUUAGGCCUAGAAUAAGAACUUCUUAAUAUCCAGAAUCCAGGAACAGAGCAAGCUGCCUCCGGGUCCUGUGACUGUUGGUCAGGCACUGAUGACCGGCUGGGCUCCUCCCCACCUUCCUUUCUAACUUUCUCACAAAAUUAGGUUCUCCUAGAGUUGCCUGGGUCACUGUCCCCUUCUGAUGUCUUGUCACAUCAUAGGUAGCCUUACAGCCCAAGAGAAUGAAAAGCACUGAGGAACAAAGUUGAAGGACCCAGCAGGCCGGCUCUUGGGGCUGCUGACACCUUGUUAGACUAGCUGGCCAGUGGGGUCUUAACGUUGUCCUCAUUCUGCCCCCAAACACCUUGAAUUGGAGAGAAAGAGUAUGUGUGCCUUUCAUUUUGGUAUGAUCAAGAUUUUGCAUCUCUGUUGGUGGCCAAAGGUGCCAUGGAAAUUGUGGAGUAAGGUCAGUGCCUGUCGCCUACCCAGGGCUCGAGACAGGCAGGUCCCAGGACUUGUGUUUGAAGGUUCGUUGCUCCUCCAGGAUUUAGCUUCCCAGCACUUUCAGGUCGAAUCUCUCCCCAGUCUUGUUUUGUACCUUCCUGAGCCCAGAAACCCCUCCCAUUUUGCUUUACUGGAACUAACCUGUGAGGCUGUCUGUCCACUCCAUGGCUUGCUGAGGUUGUGACAUUAGAAACCAGAUGGCAUGAGAGUUGUAUGAACGCAAACAGUAGCCAUUGUACAGAUGCUUCCUGGGCCCUGUCUGCAGGUGGGGAGGUGCCUGUGUGAGUUGUGUGUGCUGAGUGGAGGUGAGUGCUCAUGGCUGCUUUCAGAAAGCAAUCCCUUUACCAUUUGCCUUGAUGCCUACGUUGACUAUACUGAAAUCUGUGGGGACCUCAUCACGCAUCUCAGAAAAUGGGCACCAGAAGAAAACCAAAGUUCUCGGGGUGGGUAGAGCCUUUUUCUUUCCAAGCACUGGCCAUCCUGGCAAGCUUUCUCCUUCCUGCUCUUUGGUUCUACCACAACACCACUAUGAAAGCUCCCUUCUUCUCUUAGUGGUUCUCACAAGGACCCUGAACAGUGUGUCAGGGUAGCCUGCAGCUCAUCAGGCGCAGAUCAGGGACCACAGUGGCCAAACUGGCCCCUGAGCCACCACAUAACUUCACUGGCUGCAAGGUAGGACACACUCUGCUGGAAGGUCGGUGUCCUAGAGAGUGUGGCAGUUGCCUCCCUGGAAGAGCCUACAGGCUUCUCUGAGGUCAUGGGCUCAACCUCCCCUCCAUGGCCAUGGUUACGUUGAGUCUGCAGUACCUCCAGGAUCAAAUUCUCAUUUAUGUUUUAAGUGCCUAAGCAAGUUACAAACCUCUGGGACCUGCCCGAGAGUUGGCCUGUGCCCUGUCCUUCCCACCAUGCGCCCAGCCUCAGGGUGGGUGUUGUGCGCCCCACCCACCCAGUGCCCCUGCCAUUCUGCAGGCAGAAUGGUCACAAGGGCAAGCAAGGGGAGAGGGCUGGCUUUGUCACUGUUCGCUGUGUCCCUUCUGUUGAUGUGACUGUGGUCUUGGAUCAUAGGGAGUUUUAAGGAGUCUACUUAGCCUCUGAGCAGAAUUCUGUCUGUCAGCACUCGGAGAACAUUUCUAGCUCUAAGAGGGCUGGCAGGCAGGGGUCAUAGCUGAUAAACCUGUGCCCCUUUGCCACCAUGAGUACUGGAGCCUUGGCCACAUCGACAGCCCAGAUACCAGGGAGCCAGGAACCAAGGAUCAUCAUCAGUAGAGUUGUAGAAAGAUCCAGUGUGCAUUUUUAAAAAGGAGUUGUUUUGUUUUGAGAAUAAUUUAAGUCUGAACUAGAUCCAGGCCUUUAUUUAUGUGGGGUGUAGGACAGAUGAGUGGGAAAGGAACAAUCCAUAGACAGGCACCUUAUUUUCAUGACUUACCCAGGAUUUCUUUUGUUCCGACUAUGGAGUAGUGCAAACACUGGGCAUUCGCAUGGAACAGGCCUGGACGACCUCACCCGUGAGCUGCCCCACCUAGAGAAGGGAAGGGAAGGCUGUGGGGGAGCGGCCCGCCGCGUGAUGAAGGUGGGGCUGUGUGGCGCAUGCCAGCCAUGCUGCCUGCCCCUGAGGAGUGCUGUUCCCCUCCUCUAGAUGGUGCACUCAUGGUCUACCAAGCACCUGUCAGGCCCGGUGUAACUGAGGAAUGUCAGCCAGAUGCGUGAUUGUGGGGGGACAGCCGAGUCAGAGCAUCAAGAGGGCCAGGGUUCUGGGCUCUGACUGGACUUGAACAUUCUAGCAAGAGCCGAAAUGCUAAGGAGUGAGAGCCACUCCUGUUGAGCGCGGCUUGUGUAGUUCACUAGGCUGGGAACAAGCUGGCAUGGCCAGCUGGGAAGUGGAAAGCAGGCUCACGUGUUGUGACCAGACACCAGGGACCAGAUGUCUUGAGGUUGCCUGCAGGUAUUCAUCGUGAUGGCUGUGUAGGAUCCUGCCAGAUGAGUGGGGGCGGGGGCAGAGCGCCCUCCUGGCCUCGGCCGUUGUGUGUCUUAGUCUCUGUGUUUCCCUUUGGUGUCUCCUCUGGUCUCUGUCCCCAUCUUGUGUGCCAUGUAUCCCUGAGGGUGUCACACCUGUGUCUGCGUCUGCUGUCAGGUGUCCAGUCUACCUCAAGGGGUCAUCAUGGCAAGCUCUGUCCACAUGGAAUCCUCCUUACAUGCCACACACACUGGAAUGUAUCCCGUCCCAUCCCCAUAACCUCCUGACCCCAUCUUUCCCGUAAUCACCACAGACUCCUAGUGCAAAUUGGAUGCUGCUUUAAAUGUGAAAAAAUUGUUCAAAAGCUAUAAAAUCUGAAUGAAAGCUAAAGCUGAAUUUAUAAGCCUUGUUGCAUAUGAGCCAAAAGUGCAAAAAGCUCUAUAUAAUGAACUAACCUGCCACUCGUAUAAAUAUAAAUAUAUAUAAAUAUAUUAAAACCAGACUGUUCUACAAAUUGUGUAUUUGUAUUUUUGUGUACGUACAAUUUUUCUGCUAAGCAGAAGGAGGGUGUAGUAUAGGGCGCUGUGAGAAGAGAUUCGGUUAAUCCCACUUCUUUGUUACUUAUUUUUGUUAACAUCAGAUGCCUGUCUUCGUCUUCUCUGUGUAACACUGUUUGGAAAGCUGCAGUAUCCUUCUUCCUUAGGCCAGUCUGUGAUGAUAAAGCUGGGCUCAGCGAGGUGUCUUGGCCACCCAGCAGAGGGGAGCAGGGCUUACCUCCCACCGUGCCCCUCAGGGUGGCUUGCACUUUGAGACCAGGCAUGGCUUUCUGACUUGUCCCUGGGAAGCAGACUCCCCUUCUAGAAACCGACUUCCCAGACAGGAUCACUGGAUACUCAAGACCCAGGGAGCAAGGGGAACCUCUGUCCGCCGCCCAGGUGGCUCUGCCAGCUGUCACUGGGCCAUACCCCCCCUUCAGGUAGCUGCUGCCUUUUCAGACAGGGUUACCAGAUGCCUCCCCUCUUGGAGCUGUCACCAGACCUCCUGUCCUUGACCUGGAGCAUCUCAGAACCCACUUUGCUGGUGCUAAACAGGAGAGGGGUUAGAGUGGCUGCCAGUAAUGGCCAGAACCAACCCGCCAGAGCCAAGACAAGCUUGGGUGCCCACCUCUGCCCACAUCUUCCCAGCCCCCUCCUGGGCCCCUGGUGGAGCCUGCUCUAGGAAGUGAUACUGCACCUUCCCAGUAGGACUCGGAUUAUAACCAUGUGUGAUGACUGUAGCAAGAAGCUCUUGUUUCUGGAUGUAAAUGGUCAAAGAAACAAGUGCUCUACUGUAUUGAUUAAAUAGUUCCGAUGAGUCCUGGUUCAUUGUAUCUCCUAUUCUGGAUUAGUGCCUUUUGGACAGUAGACUGUUCUGUAAUUAAAAUGUAGUAUACUGCUUUUUUGUACAGUUUUGUUUUAAUAAAACUUUUUUUUAAUUUGUGUUUAUUUUAGUAUUGUACCUAUUAGAGAAUAAAAUGUAUAACUGAGCAAA